UAUUGAUUAGAUCUGCUGACUGUAAGUACAGAAAGAUAAUUCAAGAUUACCAAAUAUGCUUGUCAUAGUCAUAUCGUUCUUAUCAUGUGUAUAAUCGCAUCGUUUAAAGUACGCAAUUUCUUUUAACAUUGAAGUAUCAGAGAUACUUCCUAACCUGUUACGUUAAAAAAAGUGUCAAUUUCGUCCUUGUAUUUCAACAUGUCACAACAAUCAAAUAUUUUACGUAGUGAAGAUGAAUUGCUGCCGGAACUUAAUAUCUCGAUGGGACAAUUGUUAUUAAUGCAAUUGACGACGCAUGGUACUCGUAUAGCACAUAUAAAUCCCCAUACUGGCAAGGAGCAGACGUAUCAACAUAUUUUAGACACUAGCCGGAAAUUGGCAGUCUAUCUGCAGAGAGAAGGACUAAAGACGAAUGACACCGUGGCUGUGUGCAGCGAAAACAAUCUGGAAUUUUGUAUUCCAGUAUGUGCUGCGUUUUAUCUGGGUGCUAUUGCCUGUCCUUUAAAUCCUCUAUACAGUGAGAGAGAAUUGAAACAUGCACUGUCCAUUUCAAAACCAAAGUAUAUUUUUAUUUCGAAGAUAUCACUUAGUGGUAUAAGAAAAAUAUUCAGAGAGUUACAUUGGUCACCAAAAAUCCUAAUGCUUACUGAUGGUAGCAACAAUGUUUCAUGGACGAGCAUGUAUAAAGUGAUAUCGAACGUCUCCAAUGACGAUGCAAAUGCACUUCAAGCGGCUCCUGUCAAUUUAGAUGAUCAUGUAACAGCAAUUUUAUGUUCAAGUGGAACCACAGGACUACCAAAAGGCGUCAUGUUGACGGAUAAAAAUAUUACUACAGUCAUACGCAUGUUUAUGAACACUAACGCAAUUCAGGAAAAUGGGGUUUCUCUGUCACUACUCCCAUUCUUUCAUGCAUACUCCUUCGUCUUAAUGGUACUUACCAUAUUAAGGGGAAACUGCAGUAUUGUAUUCUCACGCUUUGAGGAAGAGCUGUUCUUACAAUACAUUGAAAAAUAUAGAAUUGAAUAUAUGCCUAUGGUGCCGUCGCUUAUGGUAUUUCUGGCUAAACAUCCACUUGUGGAUAAAUAUGAUUUGUCCUGUGUUAAAACGAUAUGGAGUGGUGCAGCUCCAUUAUCGAAGGAAAUUCAGCAGGCUGUCGCUAAGCGAUUAAAUAUGAAUAUUACUGAUGUUAAACAAGGCUACGGAUUAACAGAAACUACUUUAGCUGUGUUGCGAUCACCAGAUGGAAAAGCAAAAUUAGGCAGCGUUGGCGUAGUAGUUCCAGGCACAUUAGCAAAGAUAAUACCAAUUGGAGAAUAUGAGACGGAUAAAACUUUAGGGCCGAAUUGCGAAGGAGAAUUAUGUUUUAAAGGAGAUUUAAUAAUGAAAGGUUAUUAUAACGACGAAGAAUCCACUAAAGCGACAAUUGACAAGGAUGGUUGGUUACAUACGGGAGAUGUAGGAUAUUAUGACGAAGAUGGAUACUUUUACAUUGUCGAUCGAAUAAAGGAACUCAUCAAAUAUAAAGGUUAUCAGGUUCCACCAGCUGAGCUCGAAGCGAUUUUGUUAACUUUUCCUGGUAUACAAGAUGCGGCCGUAAUUGGCAUACCGAAUGACAAAAGUGGAGAGUUACCAAUGGCCUUCAUUGUAAAAGAAAAGAAUUCUAAUAUUUGCGAAAAAGAUAUAAUCCAGUAUGUUAAUGAACGUGUAUCAAAUCCUAAGCGGCUUAGAGGUGGUAUAAGAUUUGUAGAUAGUAUUCCAAAGACUCCAUCUGAAUUUCGGUUAUCAUCAGUUAAUCAGUUAAUUGGUUUAGUAAAUGGCUUCAACAGACUCAACAGUUGA